AUGACACAUUAUCAUAAAAAUAAUUAUAAUAUUCAAAAAUUUCAAUAUCAACCAUACUCGGAUUAUAUAAAUUAUUUCUCAUUGAAUACUUAUGGUCUUGAAUUGCUUUAUUUUUCCAAUCCGCCAGAUAAAUCUAUAUAUUAUGACUUUAAAAGUCACGCAUUUUUCUUCUAUAUUUCAGGUAUUGGUCCAGAUGAACUAAUGAAAUAUUAUCUUAUAGAGAAAGAAAAUCAUUUACUUUCUUCUCAAGAUAUACUUCAUUCACCUUUCCCUUUUUGGAAAAGAAAUCAACAUAUUUGCAAUUUAAAAGGUUAUAAUAUCCAAAAAACAGAAACAUCAUUAAAUUAUCCACCAUAUUCUAUUUAUCACAAAAAAGAUAACACUGAUAGCGAGUUUCGCUAG